AUAGUGGUCAGUACACUUCGUUGUGGCCGAAGAGACCUCAGUUCGAUUCUGGGCAACGGCAAAACAGCUGUUGGGUUCACAUUUUUUUUUGUUUCCCCUGCAGAUAUAACUCUGUGGUUUUUUCAAAAGAUUAUUCUGUGGUUCAUAUUUUUAUUUUGGCUGGGGUGGGUUUAGCAAUUGUCUUUGAUAGUGUAGAAACAGGAGGGCGUGCGUGCAGAGGACUCUACUCCUUGAACUCCCAAUAUCAAACACCACUUUCAACACCACCCACUCUUCACCACUUCACCACCACCAUGUCUUUCCGCACGCGUCUCUCAAGCGGCAUAAUACGCACCGCCCGCACACAGCUCAAUUCACCUCUGCGCCACCCGCGUCCCCUCCCAUAUACAGCAUCCUUCCACACCACCCCCUCCCUCCUCGAAAAGAUCCUCAACCAAGCCAAACCAAUCGAACACUCCAAAGGCGGCGCGAUCCAAGACUUCGACAUGCUGCAAGACCUCCCCCGUCCACCGAUGUCAAUCGACACCGUCGUCGGCGACCUCGGCUUCAAGCUCUCGACAGGGGACAUGUUUGACUGCCGCGACGGCACGGUCGGGUGUCUGAUUAUCGACGGGGAGGUGCUCGAGUGGGAUUUCGGGCCGUAUGUCGAGGGUCUAGACGCGGGGAUCGUGAGUUUGAAGAAGGAGGGGUUGGGGGUGUUGGAGGUGGUGUUUCCGAGGCCGGAGUUGUUGCUGGUUGGGUUAGGUGGAAAGUCGAGGAUUUUGUCGGAGGCGACGAGGAAUAUGUUGAUGGGGAUGGGCUAUAAGAUCGAGGUUACCGAUACCAUCAACGCGGCUAGCAAUUUCGAAUUACUAGCAACCGAAAGGCCGCGCCAAGUCAUGGUCCUCCUUCUCCCGCCGGGGAUAUAACACAUCCACCUCUCUCUCUACUUUACUAU